AUGUCUGUGCAGCGGGGUCCUGGUCUGGGGCUGGAGCAGCAGGACGAGGACAGCUCUGGGUGUCUCUCAGAUUUCAACAUUGUCUGUGUGAAGUUGGAAUCAGACGAAGAAGAAAUGGAGAUCUUUCCUACAGCAAGUCUGGACCAUGGACUGGACCAUGGACUGGACCAUGGACUGGACCAUGGACUGGACCAUGGACUGAAGCAGGAGAUCCCAGAUACUGAAGAGGAGCAGAGCGUUAACACACUACCUGCCUUCGACCUGAAGGUUGAGACUGUGAGGACAGAAGAGGUUCAGCCCCAGGGAGAGGACCUCAGCGAGGGGGAGACAGAGCACUCGUCUGACACAGACUAUGAGAGCGCUCCAAUCAGCUUCUCCAAUGAAAAGAUCACAGAAAAGCUCCAAGACAAACCUUUCUGCUGCUCCAUCUGCGACAAACGCUUCCAUCGCGCCGGCGCACUGAAACGCCACGAGAAAAUCCACAUUGUGAAGAAACCCUUCAGCUGUUCAGACUGCGACGAGACAUUUUCCACCGAAGCCGAUCUCUGGAGCCACAGCAGAACACACAAACCUUUCAGCUGCUCCUUCUGCAAAAUGAGUUUUUCCACGUCGUUGAAUCUGCAACGUCACGUGAGGAGGGCGCACUCGCAGAAGCCGUGCAGGUGUCCGCGCCCCGAAAGAACCGUUCCGCCGUCUGCGGGAGAAACUCGGUCCAAAGAGAGAGAGCUGUUGUUGCUGUGUGCUUUCCCGCUCAGUCAGUUAGACGACAGCAUCGCGCUCGUGAUCUCGGGGUUUGAAAUAACCGCCGUAAAACCGAGCGACGUGGGACUUUUGUGA